AUCUUCAAGGUGACGGGCACCCUGCAACGAGUCGGGACGAGCCCUGCAGACUCUGUGAUGACAUUAAAGAUGCGUAAAAAAGACAUUUUUCUCUGACAACUAAGCAUCAAGUGCUGCUGGGCGCACAUUAAAUACUCACUUGCGGACUUGCUUCCAGUGUCCCUGUGGCUCUGCACAUGAGUAGUUCAAGGGCGCUCCCAAGUUUCUGAUGCCAACAAGUUUUUUUACUCCGUGCCAGUCGUCAUGUUGGAUAAAUUUGGGCCGCAGAGCACCGGUGUGGUCGUCUCCAGCGCGGACCUCCAGCUCAAACUGACGGACAACAAGAGCAGCCUGGCCGCAGCAGCGGGGAUGGGGAUGGAGAACGGCACUGGGAAGAAACUCAUAGAGAUAACUGGACCGGCUUUAUCCAAAAGAAAACUUCUGGUCGGCUUAGACCUCCUGUGCCUCUUCCUUGCCUCCAUCCCUUUCUUCGCGUGUGAGCUGAAGGCGGUGAGUCCUUACAGAAGGGGCUUUAUGUGCGGGGACACCAGCAUCACCUAUCCUUACCUGCACCGAGAAGCCAUACCAGAUGAAUUACUCAUCGCCGGUGGCAUCAUCAUCACCGGCCUCACGAUCGCCCUUGGGGAAUGUUACAGGGUGCGUUUCCGAGGCGUCAGCUCCAAGGCCUUCGUCAGGAACCUGUAUGUGUCCUGUCUGUACAAAGAGCUGGGCUGCUUCCUGUUCGGCUGCUGUGUCGGCCAAUCACUGACCAACAUGGCCAAGCUGAGUGUGGGCCGGCUACGGCCACACUUCCUGUCUGUGUGUGGCGUCACCUAUGCAUCACUCAACUGCACACCGGGAAGCUAUGUUGCAACAGUGAGCUGCCGCCAGCCUGAUCACCGGUUAGAGGAGGAGGCCAGGAAGUCCUUCUUCUCUGGCCAUGCCUCCUUUGCCAUGUACACAAUGCUCUAUUUAGCAUUUUACCUGCAGGCGCGGUUGACAUGGCGUGGGGCUCGGUUGCUGCGGCCGGCGCUGCAGUUCUUCCUGGUUUUGCUUGCAGUCUACACAGGUCUGACCCGCAUCUCUGACUACCGGCACCACCCGUCCGAUGUGCUAACAGGCUACAUACAGGGAGCCCUCACUGCUUACUGGGUGGCCUUCCACAUCUCAUCCAUGUUUAAAAGCUCCGGUUCAGAUCUGUCUCCAACUGAGACUCUGGACACCCCCUUGUCACCCCACCAUACUGUCUGCUAAACCUCACCUCCACCCACCCCUGCCUCUCCACCUGCUGCCCGUAGUCUGGCUUGGAUAGACAAGAGAAUGUGAGACCAUUUCCUGUGAAGUCAAACCACAUACCUCAGUAUUCAGACAGAGAGUAGGACAGAGAGAGAAAGAGUAGAGUUUAUGAAAUCUUUUAUGUGGCUCAAAAGAGAGGACAUAUGAACUGCGAGUCAGGAAGAGGGAGGGUGCUGAAAACUGUACCGGCUGCUCGGCUGGUGUGUUGUGUUGGAAGCAGCCUGAGAAUGUGACCUUUUCGUCCUUGUGACUGACCUUAACUUCACAUGUGAUACUUACCUGUGAGCUGAGACUGAACACACAGCAACCACUACCACUCUACACACCACCUGUAAAUAUAUACAGCUUUUGUACAACUCAAACGAUACUGUAAAAGCACUUUUUGAUUUCCAUGUUAGUAUUAUUAAUUACCACUUUGUAAUGAUUUGGUAUGUAGAAUGUGAUAUAUUUUAUACAUGUAACAUAUCUAGUAGCUGUUUUUUGUUUUGUUUUUUUGUUUGUUUGUUUGUUACAUAAACCCAGUGAAUGUAUUGGUUUUGAAGAAAGCACAAGUAAGCAUGCAAGCAACUCAUUCUCCUCGUGUUGUACCAUUAAGAUGUGGUAGGAUGUGUCCGUCCGUCUGUGUGCCGUAUGUCACAUAUGUAGUUUACUGAUGAGAAAAUGACUAUGAGAAUGUCUAUAGAAUAUAAUACAUAUUGGAGGAGUAGGCUACUUAUGCUACUAGUUGUAUUUAUAAUAAUAUGUAUGUUGUUAGGCUACUUACCAGUCCAAGAGCACACACAUCA